AUGGUUGAUGAGAUCAACAGGGACUACAGUUUGAUUCUUAUUGAGGACCAAUGUGGGAAAUCGAAGUCAAAACUUGUAUGUGAAAGAAAAGCUACUCAUGAAGCUCACUUUGCAUCGAAACCAGGGUCUGCAAUGGAGAAGGAGACUGUUCCAGGGCCAACUCCUGGAAGCAAACAAAGGAUAGUUUCCAUUGCAUGGGCAGUAGUUGAUGUGGACAAUUAUGAUAACUGGGACUGGUUUGUUAAACACCUAAAAGCUGAUUUGAGUCUCGGAAAUCGAAGAUACAUAACAAUCAUAUCAGAUAAGCAAAAGUUCCACAAGCUGAACAUGGUAUGUAUGCUAUUCAUAUUUUGGGAAACUGUAAAACAGACAGCAGAGAUAAAAGACUAG